UGAGCCGCGGACUCGGCCUUCGGGCUCCGCGGCGGCCGCGCCCCGGCCAUGUAAACCUGAGGGGCGAUCCGCGGCCUUCCGGGCCCAACACCCCCCUUUUCUUCGUCCUCGGAGGCCGGGAGCAGGCGGGCCGCAUCCCAAGGAUUUCAUUCAUUCCCUCGCUCAUUCAUUCGACCCCAGCCCAGAGCGGCCCCUCGUGAGGCGGUCACCGCGGCCCGGCGCUGUAUUGGGCCCUUUGCCAUUUUCAACGGGUUCAUCCCCACCAUUAGCUGCCCAUCCCAUAGAUGGGGAAACGGAGGCACAGAAAGGUCAGAGAAACAUGGCAGCAAGGCGAAUUGCACAGGAGAGUUUUGAUGCUGUGUUACAAGAAAAAGCUAACCGAUAUCACGUGGACCCCAGCAGUGAGGCUGCAGGGGAAGCUCUGCAGUUUAAAGCUCAAGAUCUUCUAAGGACAGUCCCAAGAGUCAGAGCAGAAAUGUAUGAUGACAUUCACAGUGACAGUAGAUACACUCUGGGUGGAUCCGUAGGUCACUCUCGAGAUGCUGGGAGAGAAGCCCUGAGAGGUGAUGUGUUUCCGGGGCCUUCUUUCAGAUCAAGCAACCCUUCUGUAAGCGAAGACAACUACUUUCGCAAAGAGUGUGGCCGAGAUCUGGAAUUUUCCCACCCUGACUCACGAGACCAGGUCUUUGGCCACCGGAAAUUGGGACAUUUCCGUUCUCCGGACUGGAAAUUUACACUCCGUGGCUCUUGGGAACAAGACUUUGGCCACCCAGUUUCUCAAGAAUUGUCUUGGUCACAGGAAUAUAAUUUUGGUCCUUCUGCACUACUGGGGGACUUUGGCUCCUCCAGACUGAUUGAGAAAGAGUGUUUGGAGAAAGAGAGUCGGGAUUACGACGUGAACCGUCCAGGGGAGGCAGACUCUGUGCUCCGAGGCAGCAGCCAAGUCCAGGGCAGAGGCCGAGGUCUAAACAUAGUUGACCAGGAGGGUGCCCUCCUAGGAAAGGGGGAGACUCCGGGCCUGCUCACACCUAAAGGGGAGGUCGGGAAACUUGUCACACUGAGAAGUGUGAGCACAAAAAAAGUACCCACUAUAAAUCGUAUUACUCCCAAAACUCAGGGCACCAACCAAAUCCAGAAAACCACCCCAAGUUCUGAUGUGACCCUAGGGACAAACCCAGGGAUGGAAGAGAUCCAAUUCCCUACUCAUAAGAUCCCUCUGGGGCUCAAUCUGAAGGACAUUCGCCUCCCCAGAAGAAAGAUGAGCUUUGACAUCAUAGAUAAGUCUGAUGUAUUUUCAAGAUUUGGGAUAGAAAUAAUCAAAUGGGCAGGAUUCCACACCAUAAAAGAUGAUGUUAAAUUUUCCCAGCUUUUCCAGACUCUCUUUGAACUUGAAACUGAAACCUGUGCUAAAAUGCUCGCCUCAUUCAAAUGCUCCUUAAAACCAGAGCACAGAGAUUUUUGCUUUUUUACUAUCAAAUUUUUAAAGCACUCUGCAUUGAAAACACCCAGAGUCGAUAAUGAGUUUUUAAAUAUGCUUUUAGACAAAGGUGCUGUGAAGACCAAAAAUUGCUUUUUUGAAAUCAUAAAGCCCUUUGACAAGUAUAUAAUGAGGCUUCAAGACCGGCUUCUGAAGAGUGUCACACCUCUGCUCAUGGCCUGCAAUGCCUAUGAGCUGAGUGUCAAAAUGAAAACCCUCAGUAACCCCCUAGACUUGGCUCUUGCCCUGGAGACCACCAAUUCUCUCUGCCGGAAGUCUUUGGCCCUUUUGGGACAGACAUUCUCCUUGGCCUCUUCCUUCCGUCAAGAAAAAAUCUUAGAAGCUGUCGGCCUCCAAGAUAUAGCUCCCUCUCCUGCUGCAUUUCCAAACUUUGAAGACUCCACUCUAUUUGGGAGGGAGUACAUUGAUCACCUGAAAGCCUGGCUGGUCAGCAGUGGGUGUCCACUUCAGGUCAAGAGAGCUGAAUCCGAGCCAACUCAAGAUGAGGAGAAAAUGGUUCCUCCUACCAAACCUGAAAUUCAGGCCAAGGCUUCAAGUGGUCUGAGUGAUGCCAUCCCCCAGCGAGCAGAUCACAAGGUGGUGGACACCAUCGACCAGCUGGUCACACGUGUCGUUGAAGGCAGCCUGUCUCCUAAAGAGAGAGCUCUUCUCAAGGAGGACCCUGCUUACUGGUUUUUGUCUGAUGACAGUAGUCUGGAGUAUAAAUAUUACAAGCUGAAACUGGCAGAAGUGCAGCGGAUGAGCCAGACCUCACCAGGAGCAGAUCAGAAGCCAGUGGCAGCAGAGUGUGCAGUCCGGGCCAUGCUGUACGCCCAGGCAGUCCGGAGCCUCAAGAAGAGGCUCCUCCCAGGGCGGCGGCGGGGACUGCUCCGAGCUCAAGGGCUCCAGGGCUGGAAGGUGAGGAGAGCAACCACCGGGACCCAGACCCUCCUCUCCUCAGGCACCAGACUGAAACACCAUAGCCGGCAGGCUCCAGGCUCCUUGCAGGGAAAGCUGCCCCAGCCAGAUGGGAGUGAUGCUGCCAAGGACUGGCCACCAGACCCAGCCAGACCCUCUUCUCAGGACCUCAGCCCAGAAUCCACAGGCCCGUCCCCCAAGCCAGCAGGAGUGGACAAAUCCGAAGCCCCUCAGAGCUCCUCUCCCUGCCUAUCUGCUGAAGUUGACACAAAGACAAUGGAGACUGCAGAGAAACUGGCCAAAUUUGUUGCUCAGGUGGGACCAGAGAUUGAACAGUUCAGCAUAGAAAACAGCGCCGACAACCCUGACCUGUGGUUUCUCCAUGACCAAAAUAGCGCAGCUUUCAAAUUCUAUCGAAAGAAAGUAUUUGAACUCUGCCCAUCCAUUUGUUUUACAUCAUCUCCGCUGAACCUCCAUGCCGGUGAGAGCACCCUAGAGCCUGUGGAAGGGGAAGGAGAGUUUGAGGAUGAGGCCCCUCAGCAGGAGGCUGAGCUGGAAAGCCUAGAGGUGAUGCCUGAGGAGGAGGACGACGACGAGGACGAGGAGGAUGAGGAUGAGGAGGGGGGCGAGGAAGCCUCCGCUUCUGGAGGGCCCUCCAGGAGGGCUGGAGGGGCUGCCAAGUCUGAGGGCUCUGAGGACAGCCCCCCUGCUGAUGGCCUCCCGAGCGAGGCAGCUGAAGAUGGCCCAGCUGACACGCCUGCCCUGUCACAGGCCUCCUUGGGAGCCUGCUUCCCCCGGAAGAGGGUCAGCAGCAAGUCACUGAAGGUCGGCAUGAUUCCAGCUCCCAAGAGGUUGUGUCUCAUCCAGGAGCCCAAAGUUCACGAACCAGUUCGCAUUGCCUACGACAGGCCUCGGGGUCGUCCCAUAUCCAAAAAGAAGAAACCCAAGGACUUUGACUUCGCCCAGCAAAAGCUGACUGACAAGAACCUGGGGUUCCAGAUGCUGCAGAAGAUGGGCUGGAAAGAGGGCCACGGCCUGGGCUCCUGUGGGAAGGGCAUCAGGGAGCCUGUUGGCAUGGGAACGGCCUCAGAAGGGGAGGGGCUGGGUGCUGACGGGCAGGAGCACAAGGAAGACACGUUCGACGUGUUCCGUCAGAGGAUGAUGCAGAUGUACAGACACAAACGGGCCAACAAAUAGGUACGUGCACAAGCUGUCGCAUCAGGCACCCUGCCUAAGCCAGCAUUCUGACAGCAGCAGCAUUUCCUCCAGAAAGUCAGUAUUCCCCAUAUCCCCAAAACCAAACAUCAAAGUUCCACACAAAAAAAUCUGAAAAUUCUGUGAGGGAAACAAAAGGGAGUUUUUGGAUGUGAUGUGUUCCCCUUCUCACCUUCCAGGUUCGGCUACAGGAGUGAGUCCCAUGCUCCCUGAGCACAGCUGCAUGGGGCCUGCCUGCGGGGCCUCGGUGCAGGGCUCCCAGGCUGCCCCAGGAGUGGCUUUGUGUCCCAUAAGUGUAAGGGCAUCCUGGAAGCUGGCCGCAGAGUAUGGUCACUUUGUUUCCCUCUCUGAGGGUCUUCAAAUCCUCUUCCUUCUGAAGGGCCUUGGGCCUGCCAAUGUCUUCAUCUUCUCCUCUUUUUAGUUGCCCUCCCCACCCGUAAUUUCCAACUUGGUUUUGAACAAAAUCAUUCUCUCCUUGAAUAGAUGAAAACCAUUGGUGAGAAAGAUAAGCCCUGAAGCAGCAAUUACCCUAAAAACGCCACCUCUGUCCCGGAUCCACCGUGGAGCCAGUUCCCAAGUUGGUUUGGUGUGUACACGAGAAGCAAAUGUAUCUGCAAUUGCUGGUGUGGAGGUUCUGCUGGCUUUUCUUAAAGAAAAAAAAAUGCACCAUUUCCAGUCUGCUUUUGCCUUUCCUCCUCUUCCAGGUGCUUUGGGCAGCAAGCGCCCUCGUCUUUCCUGGUUCCUUCUCGGAAGGUGGUGCUGCCCGGGCAGCACCAGGGGCUUGGGAACCAGCUCCUGUCUGUUUUCCCAUCCAGAGCAUGUUGCUCCCCAGAAGUGCCCUGUUAGCAGACUUGAUGCUAAAAUGAUGACCAAUUGUGUCUUCUUGUUUCCAGAAUUUAAACAGGAUGUAAUCUGUGCUCUGGCACCACAGCCUGUCAGUGGGAGCGCUGAAGCUCUUUGAACAAGUGGAGAUACUUGAUUCCACGAACAUAUUAUUUUAUGGAGUCUCACCUCUUAGCAACAGUAUAAUAGAGCUGUAUUCAGUGGGGAGUAGUCACUACACUGAUGAAACUUUCCCCAGAUCUAAAGAUCUCUUUAGAAUCCACAAAGAAAGCCACAGUCUGAUUUUUCUUUUUAAACCAUAUAAUGGAAUCUCCUACAAUGGAGUGGGGUAAGUUCUUCGAGACUCUUCAUUUUUUGCAUGUGUGGCAGUGGAAAGAAUUGGGUUUUUUAGGGCUCUUAUACAGAACAGCAAGGAUGUUCAUGGGGUGGGCUCUGCAGCUGUUUGCCAUUCAAGGCGUAUGAUUGCCACCCCCUUCCAGUUUCUCCCAGCGCUUUGCAACUACAUGCGAAAUUCUCAGGCUGUGGGAAUCUCAACCCUUCCUCCUAAAGCAGCAGUGUUGAAGUUUUAAAUGUGUGCUAAAAUCUGGAAAACUUGGUCCUACUGAUAGUACAGCAGUGAGUUGCUGUGUCAGCUGCUUUUAUUGGCUAUUAAAACCUUGCUGUCUCAGAGCACAGACCUCCCAGCUGUGGUCCCAGCUCCUCUGGUCUGUCUUGUCUGUCCUGUCAUUCACUGUAGCAUCUCGCCUGCCUGGUGCCGCCUCUCUUAAUGUUGGGUGUUGCCCCCAGAUCUCUGCCUAUUUCUGGUCACUUCUGUUGCUUUGGCAGCUGGCAGAUCUUUAUGGCCGUGGCAAUGAUGGUUGUCCUUCAGUAGAGGUGAACCCGCCUGCAGGGGUGGUGUGGUUUGGGGAACCACGGCUGUGGAAGCUCAUCUUCUGCUCCUCUCUUUCCUAAUCCUUCCAUCAGCCUUCCAUGUUGGCCAUGGGUUGGGCCACGGGAUGGAACUCUGAGAACAGGGCCUUGGUCCCUGUGGCCUGUCAGAGCGCCUGUGGGCGAGACAUGCACCUUUUCUCUUUCUCUCGAGCACAGCUCUGUCAUAUUCUCUCUGACUGUUGAAUUCACUCUGUCCUAGUGUGUUCAUUCUUGGCUUUCUCGGCUUUUAUUCACAAGCAAAAUGCUUUAGGAAUUCCCAGGGAAUUCCCUGUUCCUAUAGCCUCCUGACACUCCUCCUCCUGGGGACAUCCCGCUUUCAGCUGACAGUGAGCCUUUGCCAAAUGUUAAAGGAAACAGCUACUUCUUGAGCCUGGAAAGUCCUCUGGGCACUCAAGUGAUGCUUCUUCUGUGGAGUCAGCACUGAGGCGUUGCGGACGCCGGGGCAAAGUAUUGGCAGUGCGCCCUGGGCCAGCUGCCGGCCGGGACCCAGUGUGCUGGCCCUCUGUGCCACCGUGCUGUCUCGGCCAGACCGCUCUGCAGGGAGUGUGCGAGCGCGUGUGCGGGUAUGUGGCCUUGUCAAAGUCACAGCAUCUUUUCUGUCAUUCUAGUUCCAGGGUCUCCCCCGUGAGGACGACAGGCAUCCGGAAAGUACUAACUCACCACUUUGGGUGCUUACUGUCUGGAAUCAGAUAGAGAAUUUUAGUGUUUUUGGUCUUUGGUAAAACCUAGAAGACAUUUGUGAUGUUACAAAAUGGAAGUUUUUGGGUGUUUUUUUUUUUAAAUCUAUGAAGUUGUGAAUGUUGUUAAUCAUUUAGCAGUUGCAAUAAAUGUAGAGGAACCCAACCUU